CGAAAGUGAUUAGAUUGCACUCGACGUUUUUAAAUGCGCAACAAAGUAUCACUGCUCGUUUAUGCGAAGUGGUCCGCGAGAAUUUUUUAUAGAGAAAUAAUAUCAGCUGAGGCAAAGACCAUGCCUUCCAUUUGGACGCUUUGUCUAUGUAUCAUGGCUGCCAAUAUGAAACAAGUGAUGAUGUUUUCAGGUGAAUAUUCAAAUGUGAAUGGAAUUCAACGAUACGUAUGCUACAAUGCAAUUUUAUCAAACCUCGAAGCAUGUUUUAAUUGUGAAAAUUAUUACUCCGGUUGUAACAAAAACGAUAUUUAUUUUAUGAAUUCGUCUUUUCCUAUUCUUUCACCUGGUAUCCACCGUAUCUAUGAAAGUAUUACCUCAUUGACUAUGAAGCACUCAAAUAUAUCUGUCAUAUUACCAGGAUUUCUUAAUAACUUUCCUGAAUUAAAAAUGCUGGAUUUUGCGAAUAACAACAUAAGUUAUCUGACUGCUGGAAUUUUUAAUUCACUAUCGGAACUAAAAAUACUUGAUAUGUCUUCAAACAUUAUUCGAAAUAUAAGCGACCAAACAUUUUUUGGCCUUAAUAAUUUGAGGUCCCUGGAUUUAAGCAACAACCACAUAACAUCGCUGAUCUCUAUUUUCUACGACCAUCAAGCGAAUUUAGAAUCUCAAAACUCACUUUUUUUUGUAAUGCCGAACAUUGAAGUCGUCGAUGUGAGCCACAACGAAUUAAGCGAGCUCGCAUCACCCGGACCAACAGUAUUGCAUCUAGAUUUGAGUUACAACAACAUAACUACGAUACCUGUCUCGGUAUUUUCAAACGCCCGCUCACUCAAAAUCUUAUGUUUGCAUCAUAACUACAUCCAGCACUUGCCGAGAAAUGUUUUCAAAAAUUUAUCAUCGUUGGAAAGUUUAGACAUCUCCUUCAACAAUUUGAAUGAGACGCAAUACGGUCAAUUGGACCAUUUAGAGCAGCUGAAAUAUCUCAAUCUUUCAAAUAAUCACCUUAAUCUUGAAUUUCAUAAACUGAUAUCCUUGAUCCACCUUGAAGAGUUGCAGUUGGCCAACAACACUUUUAGCAACUUCGAGCCCGUUUCCUUAUUAAAUCAUUUCCCUAAACUACAAGUAAUUUCGCUAUAUAAUCAUUUUUGGGACUGCAAAAAAUUGGCUACGACUAAUAGCUACUUUAGAAGUAAAAAUGUAAUGGUUGUGCCUGGUACAGAUUAUAGCGAUGAAUACCAUAACAUCAUCGGAAUUCCCUGCCAUGACUACAGUACUUUUGAAGACAAAAUUGAUACUUUGCCAUACAAUUCCAGUACUCUGGAAAUAUUGUACAGAGAUAUUGGCGGGUAUUUGAGAAGAAAUAAUUUGUAUUUGGGAGAUAUAAGUGCGAAAAUAGAUAAGAUACAAAGUAACCACGUCAACGACAUGUCCGAAUCUAUCGAAAAAUUACUCUUGGAAAUCAAGCAAACGGGAAGUACCGAUAAUUCCAGCCAGACGAACAUUUACACACUUCUGCAACAUGAGAUGGAGCUUAGUUUGCAGAAAUCCCAAAAUCGUUUGUUGGGUCAGAGGCUAGAGCACCUGGAAAACACAUUAAAAAGUUAUUUUUCUAAUUAUAGUUCAGCUUACAAUGAGAAACUUACCUCAUUCGAAAAUAAAAGUUCACAUUCGGAGUCUGUACUUGUUGAUAUUCUGUUAUUCCUAAUUUUGUCUAUACUCUUAGUGUUUUGCUAUUUGUAUUUUAAAAACACUUUCGGGACACCCAAACGAGACGAGGUGGAAUUGGUGUAAAUAAUUAACAGUUAAAAAUAA